GGCGUGGUCUGGGCGGAAGGGAUCGGGCCGGCUAAAUCAUGACUAGCCGUAGCUCCCUUUUCAUCUCGAGAUUGGGAACAGGCAUGCGCAUUCAGUGAGAGUCUUUGGAAUUGUGCGGUGUAUCAACAGCAGAGUCUGCAGCUUCUGGACAGCAUGGUGUUUACCCGGCUGAAAACACAGUCUGAAAGGAAGCUCACAAAACAGAUUUGCAAAGUUGUGUUGGAUCAUUUUGACAAGCAGUAUAUCAAAGAACUUGGAGAUUCAUGGAUUACAGUAAGGGAUAUCUUAACAUCUCCAGCAUGCUGGCAACAUGCAGUCCUUUUUAAUAGAUUCAACUAUCCUUUUGAACUAGAGAAGGAUUUACACCUGAAGAGAUAUCACACCCUUCUUCAAGGAUAUUUUCCCUACUAUCCUAAAUCACUGAUAUGCUACGUUAGUAGAACUCCUGGACGAAUACCUUCAGAGAGACAUCAGUUUGGUAAACUUAAAGGAUAUUAUCUCUUAAAUGCCGCCUCACUUCUCCCAGUGCUGGCUCUGGAAUUACAAAAUGGGGAAAGAAUUUUGGAUAUGUGUGCUGCUCCUGGGGGUAAAUCAAUAGCUCUUCUACAGUGUGCCUAUCCAGGUUAUUUUCACUGCAAUGAGUAUGAUAGUCUAAGAUCAAGGUGGUUGAAGCAGACACUAGAAUCCUUCAUCCCACAACCCAUGACAAAUAUAAUAAAAGUGUCUGAAUUGGAUGGCAGAGAGAUAGGAGACAUUCAACCUGAAAUAUUUGAUAAGGUGUUAGUUGAUGCCCCAUGUUCAAAUGAUCGAAGUUGGCUAUUCUCUUCUGAUACACAGAAGGCAUCCUAUAGGUUAAGCCGAAGGAAGGAAUUGCCUAUUAUUCAAGUAGAACUGCUAAGGUCUGCAAUCAAGGCAUUGCGUCCUGGAGGAUCACUGGUCUAUUCUACAUGCACCCUUUCCAAGGCAGAAAACAAUGAUGUAAUCGAUCAAAUCCUAAAUUCUCAUAAUAAUAUAAUUCCAGUGGACAUGAAGGAAAUGGCCAUUGUAGGGUCUCAUGAUUUCACAUUUGCUCCUAGUGGACAGGAAUAUGGGUUGUUGGUGCUUCCAGACAAAGGUAAAGUUUGGGGCCCAAUGUUUGUAGCAAAAUUAAAGAAAUCAAUAUCCUGAACAUGUUUUAUAAACCAUAUCAACAGAUUGUUCUGUUUUGUAUGAUCUGUAUAUAGGAUUAUGUAAACAAUUAUGCUGAUACUAUUCCUAGGUAUUUGGAAUUUAAGUCUAUUAGAUUAGCAUUUUAUCAUCUCAGAUAGAAUCUAUACUUGAGGCUUUUUUCCUUGGAAAUAUAUCAGUAAAAAUUAUUUAAAGUGACUACAGUUGAUAUUUAUUUUGCCCAGUAUUUUGCUGGAUUUUACUUGAUAUUUUGUAGUUAAAAUAAUCAGAAUGCACAUUUAUGUUGGUCAAAAUGGUCUAACCAUUUAAGUGUUGAUGGUUUAAACCUUGAGGGAAAUUAAUAUUACCCGAUAUUAAUUCUUUUUCCUCAUAUUUUUAUCAAAGACCCCACUACUAAAAGGGCAAGCAGUCUCGGUGAUCACUCCCAACCCCCAAUGCAUCUGCUUGUUAACCAGCUUCAGCUAGGCCCCACCAAAAUGGGAGCCUGAACUAGGUCCUCUCCCAGGAACGUGUCUCUUUGUCCUUUUCCCCUCAUUAAAGUUGGGGUGACCUGGUCUAUGAAGGGGAGGCUGAACCAGGGAGAUCCUCCUGAUUGGGGUGGUUUUUCUAGCCAAGAUUGCUAGAGGCAGCUAGGUUUCAUGAUCAGCCUACUUUCCUCAGCUGCCUUAUCCCACCCCGACCCCCAAUGGUGAAGUAAUUGGGAGGAGUUGAGAACGCUUUACUCACCACCUCAUUAAAAUGUUCACCAGUUGGGAUUGCCUUGCUUUCACCAGCAGAGGUCCAAAUGAUGUACUAUCAGGCCAGUCAGAAAGAAGAUACAUCUAGGUUAGAAAGCCUUAUGAACCCAUACUUAGGGUCUUUUUGUCACAAACAAGGCUGCCCAGAGAUCCCUUCACUAAUGAGUUCAGUGUUCCCUUAAUAAAUGAUAUUUCACUCAGAGAAAUUGCCUGAUUUUUAUCAAUGUGGUAAAUUUCUCCCAUGACAGCCUUUAAGCUUGAAUAUUUUCUAGGUGUGUUGCUUCUCCCCCCUGCCCCCCACCUUUUUUUAAACAUACAGAGCAUUUUACAUUCUAUAAUAACUGAUUGGUAUUCAGAAUCUGUUUUCUUAAGUGGCACUAUUUCUAGUGCCAGCAGGGUAGGUUUCUUAUUUAUCAGCUUGUUUAUGAGUAAAGACUGUCUUCUGUUAACUGCAAAGGUCAGCGACUCUAUUGACACCAGUUUUCUUCUUCUCUUUUUUCACUUUAAGAAAAUACAAAUUGAAAGGGUAAAUUAUGCCAGAAGGCCUUUAAAACAACAGAUUCACAUGCAUAUACUUGACUUCCAACAUUCAGCUUGUAGAAUAAUGUCUGUGAAGCAGUCUAUAAAGCAAAUACUUGAAACAAAACUAGAAUGACUAAUAACUUCAAUAACUAAACUAUUUGUAGAGUUUGGUUAUAUAAUUAUAGUCAUAAUGAGCAGUACAGAAUUGGAUUAUCUCAGUUAUACUAGGAGAGCCUUUUCACUUCAGUGGGUUAUAAAACACUAUGUGAGUCUAAUGUCACGUAUAUGUUACAUAAGAGAUCUAAUUCUAAUGAGAGCUGAUUACACUGAGAGAAACCCUGAAGUUUUGUUAAAUGGGUUUUCUCAUUUAUCUGUGUACUGUGAAUGUGUAUGCUUUGAAUUUGGAUCUUCAAGUAAACAUUUAUUUUCUUCCAAAAAAACUAUAGCGAUCCCAACAAAUAUGACCACCAUUAAGAAAUAAUGUAACCAUAUUCUAUGAAAAACUGACUAAAGGAUACUUUGAGCCUGUGUAUGUCUUACACAUAUAUGUUGGUGACUUUUUUCCUCUCUGAUCAUUAAAACAUUAAAA